AUGGCCUUCUCGUCGACGACAGCUUCCUCAACACCUUCUCCCGAUUUUCUCUUCUUGAUAUCCUCCUCAGCUGGCUCUUCUGACGCCGGGCGCUUCGUUGGACGACGAACAAUGCUGGAGAUGUCUUUUGCCUCCUCGCCUUCCAACUUUGCGGCUCUGCUCGGCAGAAGCACGCGAGUCGACAAUGAGCGCAUCGAGUUCAGGAAUCAAUUCCUCGAGCUCCUUGAUCUCGGACUCGAGAUCCUUCUUCGUCUCCUCACUUGCCGUCUCCAACUCCUUCUUCAGCUCCUCAGCCUUAGCAAUAAGAAUAUUCUUGGCAUCGCUGAAAUGAGUCGCCGCCUUUUCGAAGAGACCAUCCAUAUUGAAAGCUUUGGCAAGAAGAUGAGUAGUGUUGGCGAGAAGACGAGAGGUGGCUGGGAGGUGAAUAGCCUGGAUGGCGAUCGCCUCGCUCAAGUCCUUCUGGGCCUGCUCGUACUUGCUGUCAGCGAUUCCGUGUUCACCGAGAGACGUGAGCACAUCAGCAUGGUUCAAUUUCCAGGUCUUGACAGCUUCAGCGUUGACGUUUUCCUCAGACUCGAGAGCGCUGAGCUUGUGCACGCAGGUGCAACGAGAAGUCUGAAAUUUGGCUCGUAA